CAUUGCUCCCGGGAGGUGAUUGCGGCUAUACACAUGGGCAGGGGAGGGGUGCGGCUUCCUCUGGACUGUUGGGGACCCUUCGCUUUCCUGCCGCAGACCGGACGUGCUGCAUGAAUUUGGUGUCCCUUCAGCGGCAGCUUCCGUGACCUCCAUUCCACCCGGUUCUACCUUCAGCCUUAUGCCUGCUCCAGGAGUCCCGUGACAGCUUCCUGCUGCCAGUGCCCUGUUGUUCAGACAAAUCGACUUCAUUCUCACGGGAUGGCAGCUCUUGGUCUGUCUCCCACAUGUGCUGUGUCUACCCAGGACCCUGCCUAUAUCCAGGAGUCAGAAGUUUCUCCUUCUUCAAAAGACCAUUCCUGUUCUCAGGAUGUGGACCUGUUUGCUUGCAGUGGCCUAGAACCCCCUCUGCUGGCAGGUGUUGGUUCUCAGGAGUCAGUGACUUUCCAGGAUGUUGCUGUGGACUUCACUGAGAAGGAGUGGCCUUUGCUGGAUUCUUCUCAGAGAAAACUGUACAAAGAUGUGAUGUUGGAGAACUACAGCAACCUCGCCUCAGUGGGGUAUCAGGUGGGCAAACCCAGCCUCAUCUCCCACUUGGAGCAAGAAGAGGAGCUGAGGACAGAGGAGAGGGCACUUCACCGAGCCACAUCUCCCGAUUGGGAGACUCCAUCUAAAAGCAAAUGGUCCAUUCUCAUGGAAGGCAUUUUUGGGAAGGAGACAUCCAGUGGUGUGACAGUGGAAAGAACACGUCUCGGAGAGAAAUCCACCGAGUACACUCACCUGUUUGAAGUCUUCAGCAUGGGCACUCAUCUUACUCAGCAGAUGGGAAGGCACGCUGGCAAGAGGCCCUAUCACCGCCGGGACUGUGGGGCAGCUUUCAAGAACAGGUCACAUCUCGCCCAACAUGUGAGCAUUUACAAUGGGAGGAAAAUGCAUGAAUGUCACCAGUGCCAAAAAGCCUUCACCACGAGCGCGUCCCUUACGCGGCACAGGAGAAUACACACAGGGGAGAAGCCCUACGAAUGCAGCGCCUGUGGGAAAGCCUUCAACGAUCCCUCCGCCCUCAGGAGUCACGCAAGAACUCACCUCACAGAGAAGCCCUUUGACUGCAGUCAGUGUGGAAAUGCCUUCCGAACCCUCUCCUCGCUGAAGAUACAUAUGAGAGUUCACACUGGGGAGAGACCUUACAAGUGUGACGAGUGUGGGAAGGCGUAUGGCAGGAGCUGCCACCUCAUUGCACACAAACGAACACACACCGGAGAGAGACCCUACGCAUGCCACGACUGUGGGAAAGCGUUCCAGCAUCCCUCCCAUCUCAAAGAGCAUGUCCGCAAUCACACCGGAGAGAAACCCUAUGAAUGCACACAGUGUGGAAAAGCCUUCCGAUGGAAGUCGAACUUCAACUUGCACAAGAAGAACCACAUGGUAGAGAAAACAUACGAAUGUAAAGAAUGUGGGAAAUCCUUUGGUGAUCUCUUGUCACGGAGAAAACACAUGAGAAUUCAUAUUGUAAAAAAACCCAUUGAAUGUAGACAGUGUGGGAAAGCGUUCCGGAACCAAUCCAUCCUUAAGACACACAUGAAUUCUCACACUGGAGAGAAACCCUAUGGGUGUGAUCUGUGUGGGAAAGCCUUCAGUGCGAGCUCAAACCUGACCACACACAGGAAAAUCCACACUCAAGAGAGACGCUAUGAAUGUGCCGCCUGUGGGAAAGUGUUUGGGGACUAUUUAUCCCGGAGGAGGCACAUGAGCAUUCAUCUGGUAAAGAAACGUGUUGAAUGUAGGCAGUGUGGGAAAGCCUUCAGAAACCAGUCGACCCUCAAGACACACAUGAGAAGUCACACAGGAGAGAAGCCGUACGAGUGCGAUCAUUGCGGGAAAGCCUUCAGCAUCGGCUCCAACCUUAAUGUGCACAGAAGGAUACACACUGGGGAGAAGCCCUACGAAUGCCUGGCCUGUGGGAAAGCCUUCAGUGACCAUUCAUCCCUUCGGAGCCACGUGAAAACUCACCGGGGAGAGAAGCUCUUCGUGUCAUCCGUGUGGAAGAGGCUCCAGUGAUGGGUCUCCUUUAGGGGAAGCACGAGAGCUCAGACUGGGAGACAGCCUCGUUGGUGUAAGGAAGGCAGGAGCACUUUGAUGCACUCACCUGGGCACAAAAGAGUUCCUGUAACAGGAGAAAUCCAUUUGUGUCCUGGCUGGGGAAGACCUGUUUUUUCUCAUUACUAUGGGGCUUUGUGAGAACACGCUGGGGACAAAAACAUACCUAUGGUGUGCAGAAGCCAUCAGUGUACAUUCAGCUCUUCAAAGGAAAGGAGAACUCUAGGGAGAGAAACCGUAGCUUGGUAUUUAAUGUCAGAAUGACUUUAGCACCACCCGGCACCUUGUGGGCAUACGAGUAAGCACACUAGGGAGAAUCUGUAAAUUCACUCUCUGGGCAAACCUUUACUGGUCUCACCCUGUAUUCUUCAUGAAAGAAAUCAUACUAAAGAGAUAAAUUCUGUAAAGUAGGAGUGUGGGAAGGUCUGUAACAGGUCAGCAAAUUGGCCAACUGUCUAUUUUUCUAUGGCUUGCAAGCUAAGAAUAGUUGUUCCAUUUUUAAAGAAGAAAAAUGUGUGACAUACACCACAUGCAACUCACAAAGCCUAAAAUCCUUACUUUCUGGUCCUUUACAGAAAAACUUGCCCACCGCUUGGUCUACAGCAGCAGUUCCUAACUGGGGGUGAUUUUGCUUGUCCGGAGACAUUUUAAGUUGUUAAAGCUCGGGGGUGGGGGGAGAUGCUUCUGGCACAUGACACACAGGAGCCCCCGCAGCAAAGAAGUAUGUGGCCCAAAAUGUCAGUAUUGCUGAGGUUGAGAAACUUAGCCUGAGAUAGCCCCUCAGUUUUUGUGAAAUGUUACUCAUGCUAGGAGAGGUUUCUGUUUAAAACUUCAAAAAUAUAAUCAGUGUAAUUCUUUCAGGAAACAUGAGAACCCACACUGUAGACAGUCCCCACACGGAGAUGAUUUUAACCACAGCUCCCUCACUUGUGCUUAUGAGAAUUCAUACCCUGAUGGAAUUUUCUAGUGAAUAUGAAAUUUAUCAGUCUUUAAUCAUGAAAACAGACCCAUACUCAUUAAUUCGUAGUCUCUGUUUUUAAGAUUUUGCUCCUCUAACGCUUAGGCUUCAUCCCACAAGGUUUGUAUAUAGUAUUUUUAUUAUAAUUUCAUUCCUGAUACGUGUUAAUUUUCUUCUGGAUAACUUACUGGACCAGUGAACUAUUUGGAAUUGUGUUAAAAAUACCAUGUAACGUGGGUAUAUUUAAUACCUGUUUGUUACGAGUGUCUGAUUCAAAUGCCUUGGCUCAGUGCACAGUGUCUUCCAUUAGAUGGAUCCUCUGGAAUGUUCUUCGUCUCCUGUCCAACCAAGAGUGACGUACACAUCUCAUUGCUCUCCCAGUGUCUCCUCUUUCAUGUCAAGAAAAUCCACCUUUUGUCCAAUUACUAACAUACGCUAUUUUUAAAAGUCUCUCACCAGUUUUCUGCAGCCAGUACAGUCCUUGUCUCAGCCUGGCCGUUGACCGAUAAACAGAUGAGAAAGAGCUAGAAAAGGGAUUAUUCUUACCUGGAUUCUUCUACGUGUUUUGUUUUUGCUGUUUGCCCUACUUCUCACCUUGCAAGGAGAUCAGGUACCUAGUGUUCAAAGAUCCAUCUUGUGACCAUGAGGAUGCAAGCUGCAGGCUAAAGAGGAUCCUGCAGAAAAGUCGCAAUGAUCCUGGCCUCCCCAGUAGCUUCUUUGUCUACACUAGCCAUGGAUUUGUUAUUUCCAGCCUUCCUAUCACAGGAGGAAAAAAUAAAACAUUAUUGGCGUAAGUGGCUUUGGAUAUUUCGUUGUUGAUCAGUUUAAUAAUUUUUUGGUUGGGGGAGGGUUCUGCUACUCCCAAGUGGUUGCCGUCUGUAAUACAUACGCUCGUUCAUUAGUGAGGUUUUAUAACUGCCUUGUGUGUGGAUAGAAUCUGCUUAUACUUUUAACCGUUGGAUAUGGGUUUUUUUUACAUCUUUAAGCCAUGUUUUAAAAUUGUAUUUCAAGUCUUUGACAUGAGUAUUUAUUUUCUUGACUUAAAGUAAGUGUAUCAGUUUUUACAAAAGCCCUAAGAAGCAAGUACCAUCACUAUCUCCCUUUUGCAUGUGGAGAAUCAAAGGCAAGCAAGUUUAGGUUGCUUGUCUGAGGUCAACCCACAAGCCAGUAGUACUGCUUGUAUUUUAGUCCCCCUUCUCUUAGGUCAGGUCCUGUUCUGUCUAUGCCCUACAUCUAUAGCAGUGAAUUGGGAUUUUUGCCCUCAUGGUGCUUACGUUUCUGCUUAGGGUAAGGCACCUGAAGAACAAAGGAGUAAAUAAAUACGUUGUAUAUCAAAUGGUGGUACACACAGUGGAGGAAAAAUUGAGCAUGGUGCUGCUGAGAGGGUAUGCAGGGAUUCAGCAGACCUGUUGGGUGGGCAGGGAAAGCCCGCCUUUAAGGGAGCAUUUGAGCAGAGAUGUCCAUGAACUUUGAGUGCGCCAUAUUGUAUUCUGGGGAAGCGCACCCUUGGCAGUUCAGAGGCUGCGAAAAAGAAAACUGCUUGGGACCGCCGUGCAGUAGCCAAGGGGCCGGUGUGGCUGGAGUGGAGCAAGCUUGGGACUCACAGAAGAUGAGGCUAGAGCUGGGUCAGGAUCCCGAUCUUGUGGGUUUACUGGAAGGACUUUGCCUUUUAUCCUCCAUGUGGUAGGAAGUCGGUGGAGGGAUUUGAACAGAAGGGUGGCAACUGUCAAAUUUCUCUUUGAAUCACUGGCUUCCAGGUUGACAGGCUAAGGAAGGGCAAUGUACAAACAAGCCUGUUAGAAAGUAGUUGCAGAAUUACAGUUAAGAUACACUGGGGGCCAGAUUGGUGGUAGUAGGGGAGGUUUGAGAAGCACAUGGAUGAAUGUAGCUGUAAUUUUCACUUCCAGACAGCGAUCAUUUGUUCCCUGCAGUGUACCUUUCAUAUUGCCAGACAUGACUUAGAGUUAGUUGUUUCCGUUUUCCCCAGUUACAAAUGCUGCUACUUAAAGAGAUGGUGUGCAUACUUUCUAGAGUGUCCGUGAGUUAUUCCAGGAGUGUGAAUUGCUGGUGUAAGGUCUGUGCACGUUCAACUUAACAGUAUUGAUGCCAAAACCAUUUCUGCAGUGAUGUGUGUGUUACCGUUUAAAACAGGUUUGACUGAAACACAAAACUGCUUAAUUCACACAUGUACAGCUUAAUUCUUUGAACAAAUCCAUGUAAUCAGCAGGCAAGAAGAAAUCCUACCAGCGUAGCUGACGUCCCUUCUUUGCCUCAUGCCCACGACAAAUCCUGCCCUACUCUGCAUGGGGAACCAGAAUUCUGACUGACCACAUGGCUUGGGUUUUUGGUUUUUUGGUUUUUUUGUCUUUGGGCUCUGAACCAUACAGUAUGUUCUUUUGUGUUUGUCUGACUUUACCCAUUAUUUCUGUGAAAUUGAUCCUUAUUAUUUAGAGUAUCUCUAGCUAGUACAUUUUUGUGUGUGUUCUGUCUGACUAUUCCACAGUUAUUUAAGCAGUUUGUGUCACUUGACAUUUCACUUUUCAGUUGGGGGCUAUUGUGAAUAAUGCUGCUAUGGACAUCCUUUAACAUUUCUGAUAGUGCACAAGUGCAUGUAUUUCUCUUGGGUGUAUACCCUGGACUGAAAUUGCUGGGUCAUAUGGGGUGCAUAUGUUCAUUUUGUAGAUGAUGCCGAAUUUCCAAAGUGGUUGUGCAAAUUUGUUUCCCAACAAGCUAUUUUAUAGAGUUGGAAAAGAUACUGAAGUUGCCUGCCUUUUUCUUACUGUGAUUUACAUAUUCCAUUAUGAGCCCUCUGGAUGGAUGUUUUGCAUGUUUUUUCCCAUUCUGUGGCUUGUCUCCAGUGUUUUAAAUGGUGCUUUUGGUUGAAAUGAGUUCCUAAUUUUAAUUUUGUGGACAGCACUCUUCUGUUCCUGUUUAAGAAAUAUUUGCCACCCAGAAGGCAAGAAGACAUUCUAUGGUUUCUUCUACAAGUCGGUUUUGGUUCUGGAUUCUGGUUUUAGUAUAUACCUGUAGAUCUAUAUCUAGAUCUACAGUCCAUGUGAAAUUGAUUUUUGUAUGUAUUGUGUGAGCUGUUAGUUUUAUUUUUUCCAUAUUGACCCAGCAUUAUUAUUGAAAUGAGUUCCUAAUUUUAAUUUUAUGGACAGCACUCUUCUGUUCCUGUGUAAGAAAUAUUUGCCACCCACUAUUUUUUUUAAAGAUUUAUUUAUUUGAUGGAGAGAGACAGUGAGAAAGGGAACACAAGCAGGGGGAGUGGGGGAGUGGGGGAGUAGGGGAGGGAGAGGCAGGCUUCCCGCUGAGCAGAAGACCCCGGGAUCAUGACCUGAGCCAAAGGCAGAUGUUUAACGACUGAGUCACCCAGGCGCCCCAGAAAUAUUUGCCAUCCAGAAGGCAAGACAUUCUAUGAUUUCUUCUACAAGCUGGUUUUGGUUUUGGUUUUUGGUUUUAGUAUGUACCUAUAGAUCUAUAUUUAGAUCUACAGUCCAUGUGAAACUGAUUUUUGUAUGUGUUGGGUGAGCUUAAAAUCUUUUAUUUUUUCCAUAUUGACCCGGCAUUAUUUAUACAAAAAGUACAUCUUGGCUCUAGGAAUUUGAGAUGUCACCUUUGUCAUAUAUUGACAAUUCUGAGCUUUUUAUUCUACUGAUUUAUUUGUUCAUGUACCAUACCACAGUGUUUAAAUUAUAAGAAGCUUUAUAAUAAGCUUUAAUGUCUGGAACGUCUAGUUCCUUCUCAUGGUUGUUAUUUUUCAGUGUCUUCCUAGGUAUUCUUGCUUGGUUCUUUUUUUUUUUAAGAUUUUUUUUCUUUUAACCUCUAUACCCAACAUGGGGCUCAAAUUUACAACCCUGAGAUCAAGAGUCACAUGCUCUACUGACUGAGCCAGCCAGGUGCCCUGUUUGUUUUUUAUACGCACUUUCCUUUUAGCUUGUCCAACUCCAUAAAAUUAGCUUGUUGGUAUUUUUAUUGUCAUUCCCUUGAAUUUAUAAGUUAACUUGAGAACUGGUCUAUAAUGUAAAGUCAUCUUAUCCAAGAACAGAGGAUGUCUUUCCAUUUGUUCAGGUCUAUUUUCGUGUUUGGAAUGUGUAAAAGUUUUCCAUAUACAAGUUUUAUACGUUCUUGUUAAGUUUUCUCUAAGUAUUUAGUCAUUUAUUAUAAAUGAGCUUUUCUCUACCUUUAUGUUUUCUGUUCACAGUUUUUGUACAUGAAAGCUACUAAUUUUGUAACUUGGCUACUUCACUGAAUUAUUUUUUGAGUUAGCUGUAUUACUGGUUUUCUGGGCUUUCCAGGUAUACUGCCGUAUCACCUGCAAAUUGAGAUAUCUCUACUUGUUUACCAGUUCUUACGCCUCUAAUUGUUUUUGCUUGUCUAAUUGCGUUGGCUAAUAACCUCUAGUACAAUGACAAAUAGUAGCAGAGAUCGUGGGCAUCCUUGCUUUGUUCUAGAGGUGCCCCUGUUAUUUUCCCAUUAAUUAGGAUAAUGUCUUUUAGAGCUAAGGUAUUAUAUUUAUUUUAUCAUAUUGAGAAAAUAUCCUAUAUUCUUGAAUGUUCUGUCAUGAAUGGGUAUUGAAUUUUGUCAUUUUUUUUUGAACAUCUAUGAAGAGGAUCAUGAUUCUUCUGACUUAUUAAUAAAGUAUAUGAUAUUAAUAAAUAUCUCAA